CUUAGUUAGUUUAAUAUUUGUAGAAAUCUAAAAUUAAUAAUAUUUUCGUCCUUACGUUUAUAGCAAGCUAAGCUAGCGUGUUCACCGACAGUGCAGAUAUUUAUUCUAAAAGGAAAUUAGCGUUAUUUUGUAAUACUCGCAAGGAAGCUAUGCUAGCGUUUUCACCGACAGUGCAGUUAUUUCUAAAAUAAAAGCCCGAUUUAAGCAGAUUUUCAUUGAAAUAGAUUGCUUUUAUUUAUUGGAAGGCUACAAUUUGUUAUAAUUUAAUACACUUUAUUUUGUACUUAAUGGAGCAGAAUUAUGGUUAUAUUUCCAUCGUUUAUUCUCAGAGGAAAUGAGCUUUAUUUUGUAACACUAGGUAAGCUAGCUAGGUUAGCUCGUAAGCUAGCUAGCUUCUUUAUUUGGUAGCUAACUAUAUUUUAGGUCAGAAAUAGCUAGCUGUACUCUCUGGCUUUGUUAUAUUAAAAAAUAGCUAUUUUAAAAAUAUAAUACAUAUUUGAUUGGGUCAAUUGUGAUCCGGAGUAGUUAACUAGGUAACUACUUUUGUUGUUUUUUUAUCGUAUUAGUUUAUAUUGGUAGAUAAUUAGAUAGGUUAGCUUAGCUGUUAAGCUAAGUGUUUAGUAAUGCUCAGUAAUGGAAGAAGAGACAGGAGACAGACCAGCUACAGCCAGCACAGCAAUACUGGCUUUACCGGACACUAAACUAGUGUGUGUUGAAUAUCCAGGCUUCGUUAAAAAUGUGGACAAAAUGCUGGACAGCAUUGGAGGAGAGCAAGGACUGUCCAAGACAUAUUCAGAUUCAUCAAAGCGACUUGAACUGCGGUACCGGCCCAAGGAUCCGUACUGUCACCCUGUGUGCGGAAACCGCUUUUCCUCCACCAACCUGCUGAUCAGAGUGUGUCGCAGGAGACGCAAAGGGAGCAACGAGGAGGGUCACAUGAGCAUCGAGGUGCUGGGCCUCAUAGAGACGACUUACAAAUUUCAAGGAAUGGCAGACUUUCAGUACCUUGCUACGCAGAAUGAGCCAGGUGGCUCCCAGGUGUCUCUGUACGACAAGGUCGUUUUGCGCAAACCUGAGAAGAAGGAAUUCUUUGACCAGCCGGUUCCACUUUUCCUGCCACCACCCAUCUUCUCUCGUCUGGACAAUCCUGUGGAUUAUUUCUACAGGCCAGAUGUGAUACACAGAGAAGGAAACAUAACAUCUUUACUAUCAAGAGAGAACCUGAUUGGUCCGAAUCGAGCUCGAAGGCCUCAUAACGCCAUUUUCGUUGGAUUUGAUGACAAAAGUGUGCCGUCUGAGCCUCUGGAGGCGGCUAAACUCAACUGGAAUAAGAACUCCAUCCAUCACAGUGAUGUGAAGGCAGAGCAGGAAGUCAGAAAGCUGUUUGAGAGACGACCCGUUUGGUCCCGCAACGCCGUUAAAGCCAAUGUGGACAUUCAUCCCGAAAAGCUGAAGCUGCUGCUCCCCUACCUGGCUUAUUAUAUGGUAACUGGGCCGUGGAGAAGUAUGUGGGUGAGGUUUGGAUACGACCCUCGUAAAAACCCAGACGCUAAAAUCUACCAGGUUCUGGACUUCAGGAUCCGCUGUGGUAUGAAACAUGGAUUUGGAGUGAAUGAUAUGCCAGUAAAGGCUAAAAGAAGUGCUUACCACUACAGCCUUCCAACCACAGUCAACAAGGCCGUUCCUCAGCCAGCCAGCCUGAAGGAAAUCACUCAGGAUGGCACUUCAUCUCCAGGCUUCAAAGCUUCAUCAUCAAAAUACAUGCUGAAGGAGUCAGCUUAUGUAUUCCGGGAGGGAAUGCUGCCCCCUUAUCGACAGAUGUUUUACCAGCUGUGUGAUCUGGAAGUCGACAAAAUUAAGAGCAUCAUCCAUAAGAACGAUGGGCAGGAGGAGCAGUGUGAUGAGCGGGACGGCUGGUGCAUGCCCCGCACCGCAGACGAGCUCAGAGACAUCAUCUCCUCCAUGAUCACGCAGGUCGUACGAGCCAAGAGACCGGCUUUGUCUACACCAAAGCUAAAGCCUGUCAGAGCCGGACGCAAAGUAGAAGAGAGCGACGAGGAGGAGGAUGACGAAGACGAGGAAGAUUACAAGCCCUCAGAAGGGAGUGAAAAUGAAAUGGAGACAGAAAUGCUUGAUUACAUGUGAAUCUAGUCUGGAACUGUGGAACAGUUAAUGGACCAUUCAUAGAUUGGUCAAGAUGAACCCCAUUUUGUUAUAUUAUUGUGUAUUUAAUUUGACCAAAAAUAUAUUUUGGAAAAUAAAAAAAACUUUUUGCUAAUUAA